AGUUUUCAUGGCUUCAUCCUAAAGAUCAAGACCUCCAUAUGCUGCGCCGCCAACGGGAUGUUUCCGAGUGCGCCGGAAUUUAUGACCAGUUUUUUGGGCAACUUUUUUUUUAUUUUUUAUUUUUGCACGCAAAGGGCUAUUUUAGUGAUGAACUGAAAGUGGGUGAGAACGUUUGUGAGCAUGCAUGGACAUUAAACAAUAACUUUGAGGGAAUCAGAAGAGACAGAAAGUUGGAGGAAACGCCCUCUGAAAGGGAAUCUCAGGCACAAACCAGAACCUGAUUCUCUUCUGGAUUUGCACCCUUUCAUUGACCCUGUUUCCUGGAAGAGACUUACUGUAAGAGCAGAUUGGAUGCAUCUGUCACCAGAUACCAUGAACAUGGUGGACGAUGGCUGCCUCUCCACAGAAAGCUACCACGACCUGGGCAAAGGUGGCGUUUCAGGCAUCAGCAGCCGCGUCCACAGCAUCGACGUCAUUCUGGGCUUCAGUAAAGACCAGGAUCCUCUGCUGGAGCCCAUCGGGACGCAUAAAGUGGACGAAGACCAGCUGGAAGAACAGGAGAAACAAGUGAAUUCUGAUCCAUACAGUCACCUGCAGAUCCCAGACCAGACCCAGCAGCAGCAAUCGGUGUACCAUGACACCGGACUUUUCUCCACGGACAAAUGCGAUGCAGAUUUGGGAGACCCGCGGAGCAACGUGGAGAGCGACAGCCGUUCCCCUGACAUCCCAGAUGAGGAUCAGCCGAAAAAAAAGCACAGACGCAACAGAACCACCUUCACCACCUAUCAGCUACACGAGCUGGAGCGCGCCUUCGAGAAAUCCCACUACCCGGACGUGUACAGUCGAGAAGAGCUGGCCAUGAAAGUCAACCUGCCUGAAGUUCGAGUUCAGGUGUGGUUUCAGAAUCGGCGCGCAAAAUGGCGAAGGCAAGAAAAAAUGGACACGGGCACCAUGAAGCUCCACGACUCACCCAUACGGUCCUUCAACCGACCACCAAUGGCACCAAAUGUGGGUCCUAUGUCUAACUCUCUCCCGCUGGACCCCUGGCUGUCCUCGCCACUGUCCAGUGCCACACCAAUGCACAGCAUCCCGGGGUUUAUGGGUCCUGGACAGAGCCUCCAGCCCACCUAUACUGCUCACCCUGGCUUUCUCAACACGUCUCCAGGCAUGAUGCAGAAUAUGCAGCCAAUGCCACCACCGCCCUACCAAUGCCAACCAGUGUUUAAUGACAAAUACCCGCUGGAAGACGUCGACCGCAGUUCUAGUAUCGCAGCUUUGAGGAUGAAGGCCAAGGAGCACAUUCAGUCGAUGGAUAAAACCUGGCAACCCAUGUAAAAAUGGAGAACGUUAUUCAAUGUUUUAUUGGGAUCUCAUAGCAAUGAGGGGAUAGACAUUACUGUAAAAAAUGCUUGGUUGUUUUAGGGACUUUAAGGAUGAAGGCCAAGGAGUGCAUUCAGUCCAUGGAUAAAACCUGGCUACCCAUGUAAAA